AUGCAGCCCCCGAAAGGUGAUCCGACAGCUCACUGGCAGGCCCAUCUCGCCGGUGUGGCUCCGUGCCAUUUCCCUCGACUUGGGGCCAUAACUACUGGGCCGAAGAGGCCCAUGACAAUCAAAGUGAACUUGGAUCAGACCCAACAACUCAAGGAACUUUGCGAAUCAAACCCAGCCGGCCUGCCUGUUGCCCUCCGCGCUGCAUGGAGCUUGGUUCUCCGCUGUUAUACUGGUUCUGAAGACAUCUGCUUUGGUUACCAGGAUGCGACAUCUACCUCUGUGCUGCCUGUAGCUAGGCUUGCCUUUGAAGAUGAUACCCUGCUUUCGGACCUGGUCAGCUCUGCGCAAACUGAGUACGAGAACAGCCUGCCAUUCCACACUGAUGUUCCAACCAACAUCACCGGCACCCCAGAGCAGCGCCUCUACAAUACCGUGCUGUCAUUCCGCAGCGCGGCCAAACCGGGCACGGCACCUGCACCACGCGCCACGAACAUGGCCCUUCCAGAAGAUUGCCGCAUUCGACUCAUGACCAAGCUUAUGAAUGGAAGAAUGAGCAUCUUCCUUGAAUGGUGGAGCGUGGACAUGACCAUGGAACAGGCAAUGGGAGUUGCCUCGACCAUUGGAAAGGCCAUCACCGCCGUCACCGCAUCUCCAACUAUCUCAAUCGGCGCGUUCGAUCCAGUUACCCAGCUCCAUAUGAAGCAAAUCCUAAAAUGGAACAAUUAUCCAUUGAAAGCGGUCGAUCGCUGCAUCCAUGAUAUUAUCCACGACCAAGCUCUCCGCCGGCCAGAUGCCGAGGCAGUCUGUGCCUGGGAUGGCAGCUUUUCGUACAAAGAGCUAGAUCAUGUGACUUCACGGCUCGCGCAGAAGCUGGAGGACUUGGGCGUUGGGCCAGAAGUCCGAGUACCUCUCUGCUUCGACAAAUCGAAGUGGAAUGUGGUUGCGAUGCUUUCGGUGUUGAAGGCUGGUGGAGCCUUCGUCCCAUUUGAUCCUACGCACCCAAUAUCGCGUCUGCAAGGCCUAGCAAAGACGCUUGGCUCCUCACUGCUCCUUUGUUCUGCCCAUCAUGCUGAAGGACUCGCCACAGUCGUGGACACGGUCCUGCCAGUCGAUGAAGCGCUAGUUAAGGGGCUAUCCUCCGACCCUGUCGCUUCCACCUCCACUAGCCUCGCCAAGCCCAAUAAUGCUGCUUAUAUAAUCUUCACCUCCGGCUCCACUGGCGAACCAAAGGGAACACUAUUGGAACAUGCAGCUUAUUGUUCGAGCGCGGCGGCCCAUGCUGGCCCACUGCGGGUUAACGAGAACUCGCGAAAUUUGCAAUUUGCUGCACACACGUUCGAUGCCAGUCUUGCGGAGAUUCUCACUCCCCUGAUGCACGGGGCCUGUGUGUGCAUCCCAAGCGAAGAGGCGCGACUUAACAAUAUCGUCGAGGCAAUUAACGAUCAACGCGUUAAUAAUGCGACCCUCACGCCCUCCUUCAUCGGAUUUAUUGACCCCAAUGACGUCCCGGGUCUCGAAACGCUCGUCCUCGCCGGUGAGGCCAUGUCCCAGACUCACAUUGACACUUGGUCAAAAAUUAACCUUGUUAAUGGAUUUGGCCCAACUGAGACCGGUGUUUCAUGCGCCAUCAACCCCAAUGUCACUGCCACAACGGAUCCAAAGGAUAUUGGAUUUCCCGUCGGAGGACACUGUUGGGUCGUCAACGCGGAUGAUCACGAUCGUCUUGUUCCUCCUGGAUGUGUUGGAGAAUUGCUUGUUGAAGGGCCCACAUUAGCCCGUUGUUAUCUCAAUAAUCCUGAGAAAACGAAGGAUGCGUUCAUUCAUGAUCCCUCCUGGGCCCGCCGCAGCGGCAAUACCUCACAUUCGCCACGUCGAUUCUACAAGACGGGCGAUCUAGUUCGGUAUAAUUCGCCCGAGGGAUCGUUUAACUAUGUUGGGCGAAAGGAUACCCAGGUGAAAUUCCAUGGUCAGCGAGUUGAGCUGGGAGAGAUUGAGCAUAGCCUUAACCUCGCUCCUAACGUGAAACAUGGCCUUGUAUUGCUUCCUAAGACCGGCAAUUGUAAAGGCAAAUUGGUUUCUAUCUUGUCGUUUUCCGAUGAUGUUACCAGCCAGUUUUCCAAGGAUCCAACCUCUCUCCAACUUGUUGAUGCCAGCGAGAAGGAUGAAUAUGUUGAGAAGAUCCGUGAGACCAUGGCUACUCGCCUCCCAGGAUAUAUGGUUCCAUCAAUCUGGGUCUGCAUGGAAGCUCUCCCCCUUCUCCCUUCGACGAAGCUCGAUCGUAAAACCGUCGCUAAAUGGAUUGAUGCUAUGACAGAUGACGUUUUUCAUGAUGUAUCUGGAGCCCAGCAGACAUCAGAUGACGUCGAAGAAUCAUCUGAGCCCGCAAAUGCGGUAGAGGCAAAAGUCAAGGCUGUCUGGAGCCGCAUUUUGAAUAUCCCUCUGAACCGGAUUAGUUUGGAACAUAGCUUCCUCAGCCUCGGUGGUGACUCUAUCACCGCAAUGACUUGUAUGGGUCAAUGUAAAAAAGUUGGCCUUGGCUUCACUGUUCAAGAAAUCUUGCGAAGCAAGUCCAUUCGCACUCUAGCAACUUGUGCAAAGGAAGUUAAGAGAACUGUUGAUCUUAAGGAAGAGAUUGACGUGGACUUUGAACUUCAGCCUAUCCAGAAAUUCCAUUUCGCCCUUCGACAUCACGAUCAGGGCCACUUCAACCAGAGCUUUUUCCUUAAACUUGCAAAGAAAACUGAGGAGAAGGCCCUGCGACGUGCUGUUGAUGCUCUUCUUGAGCGUCAUUCCAUGCUUCGGUCCAGAUUUAGACAGUCAGGACCGAAUGGCGAGUGGAGACAGUAUGUCACUAACGAUAUUAGGUCUUCCUGCUGGUUUAAAACUCACAAAGUGCAGACAAAAAGAGAUACUGAGCCUGCAAUUGCUGCCAGCCAGGCUGGACUAAACCCUGUCAGAGGCCCUCUGUUCGCUGUGGACGUAUUUGACGUCAGUGGUGGUCAGCAGCUUCUUUCCAUGAUUGGUCACCACUUGGUGAUUGACUUGGUAUCCUGGCGUGUUAUCCUGGAGGACCUCGAAGACCUUCUGCUGAACCCCGUAAACCCAUCCCUCAGCGACAAAUCGAUCCCAUUCCAAACUUGGGCCAAGCUACAACAGGAGCACUGCCAGAAUCUCACCUUAUCCAAUGUUCUGCCAACUGAUAAUAUCCCCCGUGCAGACUUCGCCUACUGGGGUACGGACGUCAAGGACAAUACCUACGGUGCCUCCGCAGCCGAAGGAUUUGAAAUCGAUGCUGCUACUACUUCUUUUAUCCUCACUGACUGCCACACCGGACUACGUACUGAGCCAAUUGACCUCUUCGUUUCAGUUCUUAUCCACUCCUUUGGUCAAAUAUUCACUGACCGUGAGCCUCCUGCUAUUUUUAACGAGGGCCACGGGCGCGAAAUAUGGGACGAAUCAAUUGACAUUGCUAGAACUAUUGGUUGGUUUACGACUGUUUAUCCAAUCUUCGUUCCAGAUUCCACCUCCAAGGGUUUAGUAGACAUCACCAAGCGUGUCAAGGAUAUCCGCCGUGCUGUGCCCGGGAAUGGCAGACCAUAUUUCGCUACCCGCUGGUUGACCGAGAACGGUCGUAAAGCAUGGGAACACCACGCUCCAAUGGAAUUGUCGUUCAACUACCUUGGUCAGUACCAACAGCUUGAGCGUGAGGGUGCACUCCUCAACCCUGUUGAUGAGUUGGCCGGUGAAGCGAAAGAAGCAGGGGGCACUGCUGAUUAUGCCAUCGGCACUCCUCGAUUCGGUCUUUUUGAGAUAUCCGCCGUUAUUGCCGCUGGUAAACUCAGGUUCUCCUUCACCUUCAACCGACAUAUGAAACAUCAAGACUCUAUUCGACAGUGGAUAUCUCACUGUAAGCAUUCAUUGCAGAAUGCCUCGAAGCUUUUCAAUGGAAUGCCAUUUACUCCUACCCUCAGUGAUUAUCCUCUCCUGUCACUGAACUAUGACAGCCUAAACUCCAUGGUCACCGAAAAAUUGCCGCUCGUUGGUGCUAAAGGUGCGCAAGAUAUCGAAGACGCUUACCCUUGCUCCCCCAUGCAGCAAGGCCUUCUCCUUAGCCGUAGCAAGGAUGGCGCUUUCUAUGCUGUCAACGGUACUUAUGAGGUGAAGCCAAGGAGCGGCUCCUCUGUAAGUGCUGAGAAGCUCCUCGCAGCUUGGAACCUGAUUGUCAGGCGCCAUCCUUGUCUUCGAACCGUUUUCAUCGAAGGCCUGAGCAGCGAUGGUUUAUACGACCAAGUUGUAUUGAGGAAGUCUCCAUCUAAGCCUUCCCGACUCCGUUGUACUAAGGAGUCUGAUGUCGUGAACACUUUUGACAAGCAGGGUUUCAUGCAAUAUACCGACCAUUCUCCCGCCAACCGAUUCACUAUUUGUGAAACCUCAAAUGGAAAGGUCUUCUGUCGACUAGAGCUUAGUCACGCUGUCAUGGAUGGUGCUUCGAUGUCUAUCAUUUUCGAUGAUUUGUCCCGUGCUUACGCUGGGGAGAUUAGAGAUGAAUCGGGCCCUCUGUUCAGCGCCUAUGUGGCUUAUUUAAAGAGCCUCUCCUUGACGGAAGGAAUUUCGUUCUGGAAAUCUUAUCUCGAUGGCUUGGACCCCUGCCAUUUCCCAGUCCUCAAUGACGGUGUUACUGUUAAGAAAGAACUUCACAAUCUCAGGCUUGAGUUCAAGGAGUUGCCUACGCUUCAGAAAUUCUGUGACUCCCAAGGCCUCACCUUGCCAAACGCUAUCCACACCGCCUGGGCUUUGACAUUGAGGUCUUUCGUCGGUGUUGAAGACACUUGUUUUGGUUACCUUUCAUCUGGUCGUGAUGCACCAGUUGAAGGAGCGAAUGCUGCUGUUGGCCCGUUCAUUAACAUGCUGGCCUGUCGUGUCAAGAUGCCAGGUGAUGUUCCACUUAUAAAUGUUUUGGAGCAGGUACAGAAAGAUUACAUGGACAGCUUGCCACACAAGCACACCUCAUUAGCUGAGGUUCAGCACGCCCUGAAGCUUUCUGAUACUUCCCUCUUUAACACAUGUGUUUCCUACCGCAAACUGCCCCCGGUUAACGAUAAGAAGAAGCCUUUGAUCAGCUUUGAUGUGUUUGCACCUACCCACGACCCUGAUGAAUACCCAAUUUCGAUCAACAUUGAAGCCUCGGACGAUGUCGUCGCUAUUGACCUCGACUACUGGACUGACUCCAUCUGCGACAGGCAGGGUAGGAACAUUGCUUGUUCAUUUAUUCGCUCCUUGGAGAACAUCACCCACAAUUCGCACGUCCAGAUUGCCCAACUGGACAACCUUAGCUCCCUAGACUAUGAGACGAUUUGGAGCUGGAAUAGCAGCAUUCCCCAAACGAUCCCGGAUUGCGUUCACUACGUAAUUGCUAAGCAAACUGCCCUGCGGCCUGAUGCUCAAGCGAUAUGUGGCUUUGACGCUAGUUUUACCUACAAAGAACUUGACGAUGUCUCUACCCGCUUGGCCUCGUACCUCGUUGCCCUUGGUGUUACUCCCGAAACCUUUGUACCAACCUGCUUUGAUAAAUCUGCCUACACCGUUGUCUCUAUGCUUGCUGUCUUAAAGGCAGGAGGCUCUUGUGUUCCUCUCGAUGCUACCCACCCAAUGCCUGCCCUUGAGACCAGGGUGGUUGACACGGAGGCGCAAAUCGUUGUCGCCUCUGCUGCCCGGGCUGCCAUGUUUGAUGAUAUGGUGCCCUAUGUAGUGGCCGUCGACGCCGAGUUCCUUGAGCAGCUUCCAAACUAUGGCGAAGAAAAUGGCAUCCCCGCCGAGCCAUGCAACCCCGCAUUCGUCAUAUUCACGUCUGGUAGUACUGGAAAGCCCAAGGGCGUUGUUCUUGAGCAUAGUGCAAUGGUUACUAGUGCUGAAGCCCACGGUUCCGCCUUGGGAGUUGGUCCUAAUACGAGGUUCCUACAGUUCGCCACUUACACAUUCGAUAACAGUCUAGAAGAGAUGUUCACCACCCUUAUGCGUGGUGGGUGUGUUUGUGUUCCUUCCGAGGAUGAUCGUUUUAAUGAUUUGGCCGGUGCCAUUGAUCGGCUAGAUGCCAAUUUCAUGGAUCUCACGCCUACCGUCGCCACCUUCAUCAAGCCAGCCGAUGUGCCAAAGAUUAAAGCCAUGGCCAUUGGAGGUGAAGCUCUAACCAAGAAAGCUCAAGAAAUUUGGGGUGGUUCUAUCCAGAUGCACAAUCAAUAUGGCCCGUCAGAGUGCUCGAUAAACUGUGCUCAUAACGGGGAUGCCGGUACCGUCGAGGAUGUCUCCAAUAUUGGACGCAGUGUUGGUAGCGUUUCUUGGGUUGUGGAUCCCAAUGACCACAACAAACUUGUCCCUGUUGGAUGUGUUGGUGAACUAUGUGUAGAGGGUCCGAUUGUCGCACGCGGCUAUCUCAAUGACGCAGAGAAAACUGCUAAAUCCUUCGUUGAGAAUCCUGCGUGGGCUACUCGUGAUCCUCACACGCGCGAAUUUUCCACACGCCGUAUGUACAAAACUGGUGACCUUGUUCGUUACAACAGCGAUGGAACACUGGCCUUCCUGGGGAGGAAGGAUACGCAAGUUAAAUUCAACGGUCAGCGAAUCGAACUGGGAGAAAUCGAGUACCACGUCAAGAGCAACCUCCCCGAGGAUGCUCAAUCUGCAGUACAGUUGGUUGUUUCUGGUGGUGCCAAAUCUCUAGCUGCAUUCCUCUGCCUUGAACCCUCCGCCGAUGUGGACACUGAGCAAACUAUCCUGCCAAUGUCUGCUUCCAUCCAGUCCCUAGCCAAGGAUUUGGAAGCCGCCGUUACUAAAUCUCUCCCAGUAUAUAUGGUGCCUUCCAUAUACAUACCAGUUGCAAGGAUGCCAAUGACUUCCUCAGGGAAACUAGAUAGGCGAACUUUGACUACGUGGGCGAAGGAGUUGUCAGAUGAAGCCGCUAUAACAUACCGACUUGGCGGAGUUGGUGGACGUACCCCUGAGACUGAGGCCGAAAAAAUUCUGCAGAAUCUCUGGGCAGCCGUCUUAUCAAAGCCCGCUGAGUCAAUUGGCGCAGACGACAGCUUCUUCCGUCACGGUGGUGACUCAAUUGGAGCCAUGAAGCUGGUUUCUGCAGCCCGUGCUAAGGGAGUGACCCUUAGUGUGGCUAAGAUUUUUUCUUCUCCCAAGCUUUCAGAUAUGGCUAGUAGCUGCUCGAUGACUUCCAUCUCAUCUAAGUCACUCGGAGGUGGUGCUACCAAUAGACAGCCUUUGAAACGCUUUGAGCUUCUCCCACCCAAGACCUCCAUUGACGCUCUCAUAGAUGAGGUUGCUUCCAUUUGCCAGGUUGACUCCAGCUUGAUACACGACUUGUAUCCGUGUACAUCCAUGCAAGGCGGCCUUGUUGCUCUUUCCAGCAAAUCGCCAGGGUCAUACGUCGCCCAGAGCACCUUUAAGCUACCUGCUGAUAUUGACUUUGGUAAAUUCCGAGCGGCUUGGCAAGCAGUAGCUGACUCUGAGGUUGUUCUACGCACACGGGUUGUCUUUACCGAUAUGCUCGGAUUCUUGCAAGUUGUCGUCAAUGAACCUAUCGAGUGGCACUCUGUUCGUCGUUUGAGUGAUAUUCAAGACAAGGACCGUCACCUUCCCCCUCGUGAUGGAGGUUCCCUCGCUAGAUACACUCUAGUUGGCGAGGGAUCGUCUGCCCCUUACUUUGUGUGGACUGCCCACCAUGCCCUGUACGAUGGCUGGAGUAUUCCUACGCUCCUUGAGAGAGUGGCUGCCCAUUAUAGGAAUCCGACAUCAGCCAAGACAGAAGCCGCAGCCUCCUUCCCAGACUUCAUCAAAUACCUGUCAACUAUUGACAAGAAGGCUUCCGACAACUUUUGGAUGACCAAGCUAGAGGACCCUAAGGCUACACCUUUCCCAACCCUCCCUUCUACCUCUUACACUGUUCGGGCUACAAGCAAGGCCACUCACUCCGCAGAGGUUGCAAAGUCCUCUUCACGGGAAACCACCGUUGCGUCCAUUAUCCGUGCCGCCUGGGGUAUGACAAUGGCUCUUUAUACUUCUACCGACGAUGUAAUCUUUGGUGAAAUUCUUACUGGACGAGAUGCCCCUGUCCCAGGAAUUGAAGACAUGAUUGGGCCCUCUCUUACUUCCAUUCCAACAAGGGUCCAGAUUAAUCGUGAGCAGACCGUCACUGAAUUUCUUAAAGAAAUGCAAAAACAAUUGGUAGACACCAUGAAUUACCAAUUUGCAGGCUUGUCGCAGAUCAAACGACUUGGGGAGGAUGCCUCAGUUGCCUGCGAAUUCCAAAACGCCAUUGCCAUUACUCAGGAUGCAGAUGAAUCUGCGGAUGGUUUCUGGGAUAUGAUUAGCUCCGGGACCACGGGCAACAACUUUUAUACUUAUCCUCUCAACCUUUCUUGCACCCUGCGUCAAUCCAAAAUUGAUAUUGAAGCAUAUUAUGAUGAGACUAUUAUCUCUUCAUGGCAAGUCGAGAGAUUACUUCGCCAGUUUGAUGUAAUUCUACGCAAUUUGUCAGUGGACGGCAAUGCUCAAAAGAAAGUUGGCGAGAUUGAGCUGAUUGGCCCCCAAGAGCUGAAAGAGCUGGAAAGCAUUAACAAACACGGAGCUAAGUUUGUUGACCGCUGUAUCCAUGAUCUCAUUCGAGAUCAGGCAAGGUCCAACCCACAUGCUGAAGCUAUCUGUGCUUGGGACGGAUCAUUCACUCACCAAGAACUUGAUAAUUUAUCCUCCGCGCUUGCGCACCAUCUUAUUGAGCUGGGCGUGGGAUCUAAACCGGAGGUCUUUGUGCCCAUUUGUUUUGAAAAGUCAGCUUUCGCGAUCAUUGCUAUGUUAGCAAUAUUGAAAGCUGGUGGAGCUUUCGUGACCAUUGACCCUGAGCAUCCCAUGUCCCGACUCCAAGAGAUAACUACUGACGUUGGCGCAUUCCUAAUUCUUUGUUCGCCCAAGCACCAAGAACUUUGCGAUUCGAUUGCACCCCAGGCGCUGGCCGUUGACCUUAAUAUGCUUCAGGAACUGCGCCCAUAUCACCAGGCAACCCCCAAUGUCCCAACCAGUAACGCCGCAUACAUCAUUUUCACUUCUGGAACCACAGGAACUCCAAAGGGAACGCUAAUUGAACAUUCAGCGUACUGUUCCUCUGCUGCCGCCCAUGCACCAGCGUUGGGAAUGUCUCCCGGUUGCUGUGUCUGUGUUCCAAGCGAGUGGGAGCGCCUUAACGAUAUUUCAAACUACAUCAACGACAAACGAGUUUCGAACGCGACCUUGACUCCAUCAUUCGUCCAGCUGAUGAAUCCCGAUGACAUCCCUAAUCUAAAGUACUUGGCACUUGUUGGCGAGGCCAUGUCGCCAGCCCAUGUCGCAAACUGGGCGGGUAAGCUCAAUUUGCUGAACGGAUAUGGGCCUAGCGAAUGCUCGGUUUCAGCUGUUAUCAACAGCAAGAUGAACGUUGAUAGCUACCACAAGAAUGUUGGCCGUCCAUUGGAUCGCUGUUGGCUUGUUGACCCCUCUAAUCACGACAGACUCGUCCCUAUCGGAGCCGUCGGUGAGCUGCUAGUCGAAGGGGUUACCCUAGCUCGCGGCUACCUCAACAGGGCUGAAAAAACAAAAGAGGUAUUCAUCCAAAAUCCAAAAUGGGCAGGCCGCAAGGAUGGAGCAGUGCGGAGAAUGUACAAAACAGGCGACCUCCUCAAGUACGACGCUGAUGGCUCUAUGAAUCUCAUUUUUAUGGGCCGCAAAGAUACGCAAGCGAAGGUUCGUGGACAGCGGCUCGAACUUGAUGAAGUUGAGCACCACCUUGGUGCGGAUAGCCUUAUUCAACAUGCACUUGUGGCUGUCCCAACGAAAGGGCCUGCGGCUAAGAAACUUGUUGCGGCGGUCACCUUUGAUAGCCUCAGUUCUUCUUCGGCCAAUUCUGUUGCUCUCGAGAUAAUCAACUCAGAAGAGGCUACGAACCUGGCAUCGGAAGCCCGUGAGCGACUACGAAAACGACUCCCCGCUUACAUGGUUCCGUCCAAAUGGAUUGUGUUCCGAAGACUGCCAUUGAUGUCUUCUAGUAAAUUGAAUAGGCGACAAAUUAUCUCCUUUAUCGAGAAGAUGACUGAGAACGCAGAAGUCGCUUCCAAGGCCCAGUCUACGGCUCCAAAUACCUCCGCUGAAGCAGCUGCAGCAGUUCCUCAGAUUGAUAUUCGUGAACACCUUUGGAAAGUGUGGAGUCAAAUACUCAACUUGCCCGUGGAGGACGUUGAUUUAGGCUCUUCAUUUUUGCAUCUGGGCGGCGACAGUAUUUCCGCUAUGCAAGUGAUGGCUAGAUGUCGCUCCCAGGGCAUUACUGCUAGUGUACAGGAUAUCAUGCAGAGCAAGUCGAUCACGGAUUUGGCCACUCGUGUUAAGGUUUCAAAGACCCUUACUGCCAUGGGUGAACUCAUAACUCUUCACCCAAUGCUGCAUGCUCGAUUCCAACGAAACAAGGGCGGGGAGUGGCGCCAGCGAGUCAGCAAGGAUUUGACGGGGUCCCUUAAAAUUCGAACGCAUACUGACGCACGACGAGGUCAGAUGGGUUCGUUAAUUGAGGAGAGCCAAAAGUCCCUAGAUAUUGAAAAUGGUCCACUUGUUGCAGCCGAUAUCUUCAACUUACCUGGAUCUGAGACUCAGAUGUCGAUCGCCAUUCAUCAUCUUGUUAUUGAUGUUGUUUCUUGGAGAAUCAUUCUUCAGGAUCUCGAGGAUCUGCUUAACGGCGUGUCCUUGAAACGUCAAGAUCUAACCUUCGAAUCUUGGUGUCAGUUACAAACACAAAACGCGCAAGAGGAUAGCAUCCAAAGUGUUAUCCCUACAAAUGCUAUUCCAGCUGCGGAUCUCGGCUACUGGGGUAUGGCAGGAAAAUCUAACACUUUCGGAGACGUUCUUACCGAGGAAUUUGAACUCGAUCAGCAAACGACAACACGUGUUCUUGAUGCUUGCCAGAAACGACUCCAAACGGAUCUAGUAGACGUGCUGCUCGCUACCGUUCUUCUAUCAUUCCGUCAAGAAUUCACUGAUCGCCGAGUACCACCUGCGAUCUUCAAUGAAGGUCAUGGUAGAGAGCCCUGGGAUCCUAGCUGUGACCCAUCAACUAUAGUAGGAUGGUUUACAACUAUGAGCCCUGUAUACCUUCCAGCUGAUGCGGACACUGAUACUGAAAACUCGUUUAUUGAUACAAUUCGAUGGGUCCAAGAGUUCCGAUCAAGAACUCCCGGGAAAGGUCGGCCGUACUUUGCCUACCGUCAGCUGACUGAAGAAGGCAAAGCUGCGUUCCAAAAUCACUGGCCGAUGGAAAUUGCUUUCAAUUAUCUGGGCCAGAUGCAGGUGAACAACCAAUCGGAGUCUCUACUCGAGCCGGUUGACGGUGCUGGAGCACAGUCGGUUAAUUUCCUCUCCGACAUUGGGUCCAACGUGCCGCGCUUUGCACUUAUCGAGAUAUCAGCAGUCGUAGCACAAGGUGCAAUGAAGCUGUCGUUUACUUACAAUAAACAUAUGCAAAGACGCGAAGGCAUCCAAAGUUGGUUCUCAAAAUGCCAAGGGCUUCUCGAAAGCACAUCUCGAUUGCCGCAACACCAGCACAUCUCUCCCGCACAAUUUGCACUGCUACCUUUGGUGUAUGGCUCUUCGAGUAAGAUUGCUGAAGAACUGCCUUCAAUUGGUCUAAAGUCCUUGGAAGAUCUUGAGGACGUUUACAUGAUUUCUCCCAUGCAACGUGGUAUUCUAAUCAGUCAAUUGAAGGACCCAAAGAAAUAUGCCUACCAUUCUAUUUUUGAGGUGAAGUCAAACCAGAGAAGCCAUCAUAUCGACAUUCGCCGACUGGAGGCCGCUUGGCAGGCGGUUGUUUCCCGCCAUAGCGCUCUUAGAACCGUGUUUAUUGACAGCGUCUCUGGGAACAAUUUGAUGGACCAGGUGGUCUUGAAAAAGUUCCAUGCACGAACACUUCUCCGAGAGCCUUCAGUGGAAGACUACGAAUCUGCCCUUGAUGAUCUGGAGCCAUUGGACUACACUGAGAGGCAGCCACCACAUCGUCUAACACUCUGUCAGACGCCUAGUGGGCGAGUGGUUUGCAAGCUUGAGAUAAGCCAUGCUAUCUCCGACGGCUCUUCGAUGAUGACUCUUCUGAAUGAUUUAGCCACGGCGUAUGAUUCACGUUCAACUAUUGGCUCUGCAAUGCCGUAUAGCGAUUUCAUUGCUCACCUUCAAUUAACUCCAAAAGAAGCUGGCGUCAAUUACUGGAAAACAUACCUUAAUGGCCUUGAACCCUGCACCUUGCCGUCACUGGCUACAGUCCCCCCACCAAAAGAGAGGAAGGUCGGAGAAUAUGUUAUGAAACUCAACAUAGGAGCAGAAUUGCAAUCGUUCUGCAAGAAAGAGGGCCUCACUCAGUCUAAUGUUCUGCAACUUGUCUGGGGACUGGUUCUUCGUGCUUAUACCGGUUCAGAUGAAAUCUGCUUUGGAUACGUUGCCUCUGGACGCGACUUACCCAUUGAUGGGAUUCAAGAAGCUGUUGGCGCUUUUAUCAACAUGCUGAUCUGUCGUCUUAAUCUAACCGAGAAUGCUGUUCUAAUUGACGUCCUUCAGAAGACUCAAUCUGACUACAUGGAAGGCAUAGGGUAUCAAAACUGCUCCCUGGCAGAGGUACAGCAUGAACUAGGCCUGGGAGAUACCGCGUUAUUUAACACGGUAUUCACAUUCCAGAAACGUCAAGGAUCAGACGAGUCUGAAGACACGAUACUCUCCUUUGAAUCUCUUGGGGCCACUGAUCCCAACGAGUUCAAUAUGUCAAUCAACAUCGCCGCUAUAGACUCAUACCUAGAAAUAGAUUUCGGGUACUGGUCAGACACAGUUUCCGAUGCGCAUGCGGAGAAUAUCGCCCGUACCUUCCAACAAAUCCUCGGCGACAUUAUUGAACACGGAGCUGAUAGAACCCUUGGAGACAUCGACCAUUUUGGAGAACACAGUUACCAACAAGUGCGUUCUUGGAAUGCCCAGGCUCCCAAAGUAGUCAACAAAUGCGUCCAUGAAAUUAUUGAGGAACAAGCAAUGCUACGUCCUCGCACUGCUCUUGCUAUUUGUGCAUGGGAUGCAACCUUCACCUACUCCGAGCUAGAUGCCGUGGCAUCCCGUGUCGCCGCACAUCUAAUGGACCUUGGAGUUGGCCCAGAUGUCUAUGUUCCACUCUGUUUUGAAAAAUCGGCCUGGGCAAUUGUGGCCCAGCUCGGUAUUCUCAAGGCUGGUGGCGCUUUCGUCUCCCUCGACCCCUCUCACCCAGAGCAAAGAUUGUCAAACCUGAUUGAGGAUGUUGGUGCUGAAGUGGUUCUAUGCUCUUCACGCUUCCAUGAUAAAAUUAGAAAGAUUUCAAAGAAAACCGUCGUCCUAGAUUCUAAGACAGUCCAGCGGUUCCCCAAACACCCAUCGCAACAACCAGAUACAUACCCUGACCCGUCCAAUGCUGCUUACAUUAUCUUUACUUCCGGGACUACUGGAAAGCCAAAGGGAACUGUUAUCGAGCAUGCCGCAAUUUGUACUGGUUCUGCUGCGCAUGGUAAAUCUCUUUUGAUGGAUAGUUCCAGUCGUGUCUUGCAGUUUGCAUCGUAUACAUUCGAUGCCAGUGUUACCGAAAUCCUUACGGCUUUACAGGUUGGUGCAACUAUCUAUGUCCCGAGCGACGAGGAUCGAAUGAACGACCUUCAAGAAGUUAUCGCAAAUGGAAAGGUGAACUGGACGCUCUUGACGCCAUCAGUACUCAGUACGCUCAAGCCAGAAAAGGUUCCUACCUUGAAGACAAUUGUGACUGGCGGUGAGGCAAUGUCUGAGAAGGCCAUCAAGGAAUGGGUUGGAGGCCCGGCAGUCGUUAACGCAUACGGCCCAACCGAAGCUUCAGUUGUUGCAUCAUCCAGUGUAAAGGUCAAUAAAGCUGGUGUUUCUGUGGAUCAGAAUCGGUCAAACAUUGGGACUGCUUGCGGCUGCAGAACAUGGGUGGUUGAUCCCCGAAACAUCAAUCGCCUAAUGCCCGUGGGUGCUGUUGGUGAACUCCUUAUCGAAGGCCGCACCGUGGCGCGAGGCUAUAUCAACAACCCCGAGAAGACAAGCGAAGUCUUCCUGAGUAACCCUGACUUCUCCCGAGACCGCCGCUUCCGUGGCCUAUUCUCACAACGGCAUCGCAUGUAUCGCUCAGGCGAUCUUGUUCGAUACAAUCCCGAUGGCACAAUCAACUACAUCUCGCGGAAAGAUACCCAAAUCAAGCUUAACGGUCAGCGAAUCGAACUCGGAGAGAUUGAAUACCACUGCAAAGUGAACCUACCCGACCAAACUCAAGCUGCUGUUGAUCUCAUAUUCCCGUCUGACCGGGCCAAGAAGACUCUUGCUGUUUUCUUCAGCGUUCCAUCAAAUGAUAACCAGCCCUCAACUCUCACCAAUACUGACGGCUCUCCCGCCGAUCAGUUACUGGUCCCCAUGAGUGAUGCUAUCAGGACAAUUGCAAAGUCCCUCGAGACGAAAUUGGGCACCGCAAUCCCUACUUACAUGGUCCCUCACCUUUUCAUUCCCAUGUCGAAGCUUCCUUGGUCGGCUUCGGGCAAGCUUGACCGCAAUCGCCUCCGAAAUAUUACCCAGGAACUAUCCAAAGAGUCUAUCAAAUCCUUCAGACUUACAGGCGUCGCUGGCAAACGCAACAUCACCACUGGUCUCGAGAGCAAACUCCAAGCCAUUUGGGAAAGUGUCUUAGACCUUCCUAAAGGGAGCGUUGGGGCAAGCGACAACUUCUUCCGCCUUGGGGGUGAUUCUCUGGCCGCUAUGCAACUUUCAGGAUCGGCCAGAUCCCAUGGAAUAUCGCUCACUUUUGCCAACAUUUUCAAGCACCCCAUUCUUGCGGACAUGGCCACCACAUGUGGUGUAUUGAAGGGUGGACCGCAGGCAGAGAUCACCCCGUUUAGCCUACUUAAACAGACCGACUCCGUUGAUGUGAUCAAGGCAGAAGUUUCACAGCUUUGUCGCAUUGGUCAAGGCCUGGUGGCUGAUAUUUAUCCAUGCAGUUCUCUCCAGGAAGGCCUUAUCGCCCUUUCUCUUAAGCAGCCGGGCGCUUACGUUGCUCAAAACGUAUUCAAACUCUCUCCGACUGUCAACCUCGAGCUUUUCAAAUCCGCGUGGCAGAAGGUUGUCGAUGACCUACCAACCCUCCGGACUCGAGUUGUUCAUACAGCAUCAUCCAACUUUUUACAAGUCGUACUGAAACGUGAUACUAUCACCUGGUACUCUGCUCGGAGCUUGGAGGAGCUUUCCGACGAAGCAGCAACUGUUCCCCCAUUCAAUGGUGGUAAUUUGACCAAAUAUACAAUUGUUGAAACUGCCGGUUGCCGAUACUUAUCCUGGUCGAUCCAUCACGCACUUUAUGAUGGGUGGAGCUUCCCUCUUAUUCUUCAACGGGUAGAAUCUAUCUACCGUGGUCAAACCCCAGCUAUACCCAAGAGCUCCUACGCGGACUUCAUCAAUUACCUUUCAACUACGGAUCUAAAUGCCACUAAAGAGUUCUGGACCGCGAAACUCGCAGAUACAUCCUGCUCUAAGUUCCCUCCUCUGCCACCCACAAAGGAUGAGUCCGAGACGAGAACCUUUUCUCGCCGUAUUGCCACCUCAACCGUGGGGGGUAUUACGAUGCCAACUAUUAUUCGGGCGGCCUGGGCAUUGGUCUUAGCAGGACAUACUGCCUCUAAUGACGUGUGUUUUGGUGAAAUAUUAACGGGCCGCAAUAUCAACGUACCAGGUGUUGUUGAUAUCGUUGGCCCAACCCUCACCACUGUUCCAACUAGGAUCCAGGUCAAUCCACAAAGCACAGUCUCAAACUUUUUGCAGGAGGUACAACAAGGUGCAGCAGAUGUCGUUCCUUAUCAACACGCUGGUCUCCAAUACAUCAGAAGGCUGAACGGUGACGCAUCUGAAGCUUGUGAUUUCCAGAAUCUCCUAGUCAUUCAAACCACAGAAGGAGAAAGCCAGCAAGACCUCUGGGAAUACCAAAGCAAGAGUGAUGUAAACAACUUUUUCACCUACCCUCUUGUCCUCGAGUGCCACAUAUCGAAGCAAGAAAUAGCAAUCUCGGUUUACCAUAAAGAAGGUACCAUCAGCACCUGGGAUGUUGAAAGGAUCAUCGAUCAGUUCACCUUCGUCAUGAGCCAACUUUCCAAAAAGUCCCUUACUGCCAAGAUUAACGAUAUCGAAGUUAUUUGUCCUGAAGACAAGGAAACAAUCAAAUGGUGGAAUCGGCGCAAACCAAUCGCUGUCAAUGAAUGCAUUCAUGACAUAUUUAGUCGAAUUGCGGAUUCACAGCCAGACUACCCGGCUUUGUGUGAUAUUGACCGACAAUUGACUUACAGUGAGCUUAGGCAAUUCUCCUCCCGGUUUGCCGAUCAUCUUGCCACGUAUGGUGUUAAGCCUGAAGAUUUUGUUCCUAUCUGCGUUGACAAGUCCGCCUGGACUAUCGUUGCAAUCAUGGGAGUUCUCAUGGCAGGAGGUGCAUAUGUGCCUCUAGAUCCAUUACAUCCCAGCUCCAGGCACCAAGAAAUUGUUCAGGAGUGCGGGGCCAAAUUGGUCAUUUGUUCGCCCAAGUACCUCGACCGAUUCUCGGUCUUUGCAAACAGCGUUCUCGUUAUCGACCAUGCAACUGUUAUGGCUCUGCCGAGGACGCACUCAAAAUCCCCACCAAAAGUGAAUGCAAGCAACAGUGCCUAUGCGAUUUUCACUUCAGGAAGCACCGGAAAGGCAAAGGGAAUUGUCAUCGAACAUCGCGCUUUUGCCAGUUCUUCAGCUGCCUAUUGUUCGGCUCUCUCAUUACGCCCUAACUCACGAGUUUUCCAGUUUGCAUCUCUCUCAUUCGAUGCUUCAGUCAUGGAAAUACUUUCUACCCUUACGACCGGCGGCUGCAUUUGUAUACCCAGCGAAGAAGAGCGAAUCACCAAUAUUUCUGGCGCUAUUCGCAGAAUGAACAUCACAUGGACUUGCUUGACAUCUUCGGUUGCAAAUAUAAUCGAUCCCGAUACAACCCCGAGCCUCGAAACGCUCGUCUGUGGUGGUGAAGCUCUUUCCCGCGAGGUGAUCUCUAAAUGGGCAAACAAGGUUAGGCUGGUGAACGCCUACGGGCCUACUGAAACUUCGGUAGUUGCAACCGCCAACUCCAAGAUCUCUUCCGAAAAGUCUACCCCGUCCAUUGGCCGUGGUAUACAGUCAACUCUGACCUGGGUUCUCGAUCCGAGGGAUCACAAUAAACUCGCACCGCUGGGUGCUAUUGGUGAACUCGCAUUAGAAGGCCCUGCACUUGCUCGCGGGUACCUCAAUUCUCCAGAAAAGACGGCUGAAGGCUUCCCAGAGGUCACGGUUUGGGCUACACAGUUAUCAACCGGUGCCCAAUCAACCAAACGGAUUCACAAGACCGGUGACCUUGUCAAAUAUAACUCUAAUGGUGACCUCGAAUUUUUCGGCCGCAAGGAUAACCAGGUCAAAUUAAACGGCCAACGAAUGGAACUUGGAGAAAUUCAAAGCCGUCUGGAUACAAACGCCGAAGUCCGACACGCCCUAGUGCUGAUGCCCAAGUCUGGUCUUUGCAAGAAAAAGCUUGUAGCUAUUCUUUCCCUGAACAAUCUUGUAUCGCCUCAGGCAUCCAUGACCAGCACCCUCGAGCUUGUUGGCGAUGGAGCGCUUAUGGGUAAGGCAAACGCAAAGAUCAGUGAGAUUCAGGAUGACCUUUCGAGUCAAUUACCACCUUUUAUGAUCCCGCAGCUUUGGAUACCAGUGAAAUCGAUCCCUAUGCUUGCUUCGAACAAACUGGACCGCAAGCUAGCCACAAACUGGCUCCAGAACCUUGACGAAGCGACAUUUGCACAGAUAAACGCGUCCCCUGAGGAGGAGGUGGAUGGUACCAUCCAGCCAACUAAGGCAACCGAGAUACUGCGGCAAAUAUGGGCUAGUGUUCUUAACCUCGACGUUAAGGAUGUCAAAUUGAACAAAUCCUUCAUGAGUCUUGGAGGUGACAGUAUAACAGCAAUGGCUGUUAUGUCCCGAUGCCGCAAAGAAAACAUCGAGCUCUCUCUUCAUGAUGUCUUGCGUAGCAAAUCGGUCGUACACCUUGCAAACUGCGUCGGACAUAAAAUGUCUGGCCCUCAGAAGGAAGAGACUGUGAACGAAAAUUUCGAUCUAUCCCCUAUCCAACAGCUAUAUUUCCAGUCCUCCCGCGCACAUAAUGCAUACUCCCGCUUCAAUCAAAGUUUCACUCUCCGAAUUACCAAAGCUACCGACUCCAGGACGGUGAAACUUGCUAUUGAGGCCAUUGUUGACAAACACUCGAUGCUUCGGGCACGAUUCGAAAUGAAUACUUCUUAUCGGUACCGAGUGCAUGAAAAUGCUAGGAAAUAUGCUAUUCCCGACAUCAUUGAGGACGCCCAAAUGUGCUUGAACAUUGAACAGGGCCCUAUCCUUGCUGCCGAGCUCUUCAAUAUCCAAGGCGAUGGGCAGUUUAUUUUCAUGACAGUUCAUCAUGUCUGUGUUGAUAUGGUAUCAUGGCGUAUCAUCUUGCAGGAUUUGCAAGAAUUCCUGGAGACGAAGUCGCUCGCCGUUGAUAAGCCGCUCUCGUUCCAGACAUGGUGCUCCAUGCAAGCUGACAACGUUAAAUCCCAAGAUGUCUCUACUUUUCUACCAUUCCCUGUGAAACCAUCAAACCUCGCAUACUGGGGAAUGGAGGGUAAAGAAAACACCUACUACGACGCUGAAUACCAAUCAUUCCAGCUUGAUAAGACAGUCUCUGCCCUUGCCUUGGGUGACAGUCACAAAGCGCUGCAGACUGAACCCAUUGAUUUAUUCCUUACCGCGAUUGUCCAUUCCUUCGGCAGAGUGUUUUUAGAUCGAGAGGUUCCUACGCUGUAUAACGAAGGCCAUGGUCGUGAGUCUUGGACAGGCGGCCCAGAUGUGUCGAGAACAGUCGGCUGGUUUACCAGCAUCUGCCCAGCAUCUGUGCCCGUGGACCUACAAGACGGGAAGGAUGAUGUUCUAGAUACCCUAAGGCGGGCCAAAGAUAUCAGACGCAAGGUGCCAGAUAACGGACGACCAUACUUUGCCAAUAAAUAUUCCACGAAACCAUCAACCUCCGUUGAUAAUACUUUCCCUAUGGAGAUUGUAUUCAACUAUCUUGGUCGCAUGCAACAAUUCGAACGUGAUGACUCUCUCCUACAGCAGGCAGAUCUUAUUACCGACGAGGAAGACUCUAAAAUUGCUGGAGAUGUCGGCCCAAAUACUGUACGAUUUGCCCUUUUCGAGAUCUCCGCCAUUGUGCUGCAGGAUCAAAUUCGAUUCACGUUUAUGUUCAAUAAGAACAUGAAGCACGGUCAAGAAAUUCGUCGAUGGAUAUCAGAAUGCAAGCGCACUCUACAACAAACAGUUGAGGCCAUGAGCCGCGGCCCUGCUGAACCUACUCUUAGUGAUUACCCUCUCUUGCCAAUAACUUAUGAAGGUCUUAGAAAGCUCGUCAAGUCUACCUUCCCAAGAGUUGGCAUCACUAGUCGCGAUCAGGUUGAAGAUAUCUAUCCUUGCUCCUCGAUGCAAGAGGGGAUUCUGCUGAGCCAGCUCAGGGACCCCGAUAGCUACGUGUUCAAUACUAGCUUCGAGGUUAAAUGUGCACAAGCAUCAAAGGCUAUAGAUGCACGAAAACUCGGCAGAGCCUGGCAAAAAGUUGUUGAGCGUCACGCUGCACUGCGGACGGUCUUCAUCGAUAGCCCAUGCCGAGGUGUUACCUUCUGCCAACUGGUCGUUAAGGAAGUGGACAGUGGCGUUAUUUACAUCUCCUCUGGCAGCUCAGACGCAAUGAACAAGCUGAGCAAUAUUAAACUGAAAGAUACAAAUGGUACCAAACGCCCGCAACUUCCACAUCAGCUUACUAUUUGCUCAAAAUCGGACGGUGGUAUCAUCAUCAAGAUCGAAAUCAACCACGCUGUCAUCGAUGGAGGAUCUGUGUCCAUUAUGAUGGCAGACCUUAUUGCUGCCUACGAAAACAGACUUCCAAUUGGACAAGGCCCGCUAUACAGCGAUUAUAUUCGAUUCAUCCGAAGUCAAUCUACCGUGGAUGAGGUCAAAUUCUGGAAGGCGUACUUGCAGGGACUAAAGCCAUCCCAGCUUCCGCGACUGAAUUCCCAGCCCAAUGCUGAAAAGCAGUUGCGUACGACUCAUGUUAUAUUCAAUCGCUACCCAGAACUCCAAGCUUUAUGUGAGCAACAAAAAGUCACAAUGGCCAACGUUAUGCACGCAGCUUGGGCAGUUGUCCUAAGGGCCUAUAUCGGAUCAGAUGAUGUGUGCUUCGGUUAUCUUUCCGCCGGACGUGAUGCCCCAGUCAACGGGAUCCAAGAUACAAUUGGAGCUUUUAUCAAUAUGCUUUGUUGCCGAGUUCAGUUCUCCCCCAACGCAUCGUUCCUUGAAAUCUUCCGAAAAGUGCAAGAUGAUUACCUUGACAGCUUGCCGUACCAACGAUGCUCCCUCGCGGAGGUUCAACACGAGCUGGGAUUAUCCGGCAAGCCGUUGUAUAACACUGCCCUUUCCAUCCAGAACCAUGCUAAAUCUAGUGACGCUGUUGAAGAAAGCAUCGUUUUUGAGCCCUUAGGUGGUCAUGAUCCAAGCGAGUAUGCUGUAACUGUCAACAUCGAGACUGCUAAAGAUGAUGAAGGCAUUCUUCUCCGAUAUUGGAGCAAUGCUGUAAGCGAAGACGAAGCUCAGAAGCUGGCCUCAACCAUGGCCAAUGUCUUAGCUUCCUUCGUCAACCAUCCCGACCGAAUUGUUGCAGACUAUGACCCUACCAAGGUUAACGAAGUUCCUCGAAAAGCAAGCCUACCACAAUCAACUCGCGAGGAAACGAAACAGACCACCAUACAAUCAGACGCGACCCAAGAUGCUAGCGCCAAGCUUGACACCGAGAAAUUGCUCAAUGAUAAUGCUGAAUUGCGAAAGAUUGUUGAUUCCUGCGUUCAAGACAUCUUGCAAAAGAUGGCUAAAUCAGGCCAACUAGCCACCAAAACCGCAGAUGAAGUGUUAUUAAACGCUUCCCGGAUGUCUGGCCGACCUAUCGUUGACAACAAAAAAGAUUUCGGUGCCGAUCAAGCUCCCGAUUCUGAGUAUGGUCAAGACAUGAACCUCGAGACAGCCACCCCAUCCGAAAGCUACCAGAAUUCCGACUAUAAUCCUAAAACGGACACUGAUCGAACAUCAAUGGCAGCCCAUAUCAACAAAAGAGGGCGGUCCGCUCACAUCGAGAAAAAACUCCUGGCACUUUGGAGUUCCAUGUUGGAGAUGGAGGAGGAUUCAAUCUCGGGCGAAGAUAGCUUUUUCGAGCUAGGUGGUGACAGUCUCACGGCUAUGAGGCUUGUUGGAGCCGCUCGAGAUGAGGGGCUCUCACUCACAGUAGCUGAUGUGUUCCGAAACCCUGUCUUUGAGGAUAUGGUUGCUGUCAUCCGUGUGGCUAGUAUGAUGAAUACCUACAUUGAUGGCGCUGAUAUGGAUGACUUCAAGGCACAAAGCCAGGCUAUUCGAUCAGCAGCUACAAGCGAACUCUACCAAAGGUUUUCUCUAGUUAAGGCGCCCAACAUCGAUGCAUUCCUUCAAAACAACAUUAUCCCGAAGGUCGGCGUAUUCAAAGGCGGCAUGGCAGACGUCCUCCCUGUGACGGAUUUCCAAGCCCUCGCCAUUACCGGUUCGCUUCUGGAAUCGAGAUGGAUGCUCAAUUACUUCUUCCUCGAUGGAUACGGAGUGUUGGAUCUUCGAAGGCUAAAGAAAAGCUUCAUUCGUCUUGUUCACUCGGUUGAUAUCCUCCGCACUGUGUUCCUUCCCAGCGGUGAACGCUUCCUUCAAGUUGUACUCCGAAAGUUGCGCCCCGAUUUCUUUGUCUAUGAAACCGAAUCCAAUCUCGACGAAUUUACCGCGAUGCUACAGCAACGCGAUCGUGAGCAAGGCCCACGUCUUGGAGAGGCCUUUGUUAAUUUCACAGUGGUGAAGGAGAAAGACAGUGACCAUCAUCGUAUCAUUAUCCGACUGUCGCAUGCUCAAUAUGAUGGGGUGUGCAUGCCAAAGAUCCUCAGCGCAAUUCAAGCAGGCUAUGAGGAUGAACCGCUUCCUGUGAUGUCAUCAUUUGCAAGCUAUGUCCGCGCUUGUGCCUCAACUAUUACAUCCGACCAUUAUCAACAUUGGAAGACACUUCUCAAGGGUUCGAGGAUGACUGAAAUCGUCCGACGAGAGGGGCCAAACUAUCGCCGAUCUGCUGGCGCAACUAGUCAGCUCAAACAAACCAUUCUAUUGCCCGCCCUUGCCCAUGGAAAUAUCACGACUGCCACUGUUAUUAAAGCAGCUUGGGCAAUGGUUCUAGCCCAACUCUCAGGCAGCCCUGAUGUUGUAUUUGGACACACUAUUAGCGGCCGCAACGCAACGGUUCCCGGCGUUGAAAGCACAGUCGGCCCUUGCCUCAACAUCAUCCCCGUCAGAGUACAAUUUGGCGAAUUCUGGACAGCACUUGAUCUCCUUCGCUUUGUUCAAGACCAACAAGUUACAAACAUGUCCUACGAGGCUUUAGGAUUCAGGGAAAUUACGAAACACUGUACUGAAUGGCCAGACUGGACCAACUUUACCACCGUUGUCCAGCACCAAAAUGCCAGCACCACGAGCGAGAUGACUCUUGGCAGAAAUACUUACACCGUCGGUGCUGUUGGAACCCAGGAGGACUUUGCUGAUUUCUCUGUUCUCUCUAAUCUCGCAGAGGAUGACAAGUGCGAGAUAAUUCUCGGCUUCUCCCUAAACAGCUCUAUCACCCCCAUUUUCGCCCAGAAAGUCCUGAACAUGCUUUGCAACACCAUCUCCAAUUUCAUGGCCGACACGAGUAUGGCUUUGCUUUCUCCUCAACAAAUAUCGAAAAUGCCACCCCAGACGAUUGAUGAAACCGGAAAGCCAUCCGACAGCUACUUCCUUUCCUCGCAGCUACAGGAUCUUACUCAGGCAGAAAUCCUUGUCCUUUCAGACAUUCUCAGCCGUGCAUGGCGACAAGUGCUAGGAGAAGAGAACACCUCCAGCUUAAACCUUGAGUCAUCCUUCUUUGACCUCAACGGCGACAUAAUGGGCCUCGCACAGGUUGCUUGGCUCCUCGAGCAAGAAGGGUUCAAGGUCCGGGUCGAAGACCUGAUCGAUCACCCAACCAUGCUUGGACAGAUGGCAACCAUAUGUUCUCAGCGAACAUUAGAAAAAGACAAGGUUAUUGAGGCAUCUUCGUCUCAAACAUCCAUCGAAGAAGACUACGAUUCUGUCACCCAUCCGAAAUCAGAGAAAAACUCUUGGUUCAAAGCCCUAGGGAUGGCAAGACGGAUGGUGAGACGCAAUACACGUCCCAACUAA